UGGAGAAAGUAAUAAAAUAUGGAGUUAGUGAGAUAGAUGAAAGAAUAAAAAUUGUAAAAAGCAAAAGUAGUUGAGAGAAUUAGAGGUGAGAGAAUAUGAAAUUAAUAAAAUAUAAUUUAUGUUGGGUCCAUUAGUUGAGGGAAAUGAAUUAAAUAUUGUAUAAGGUUUCCAAAUAAGUAAAUGGAGCAAGUAUUUAAAAACGGUCGAAAAUAAAAAAUGGAGCUAAUAUUUGAAAACAGAGGGAAUAAUAUACAAAUUUGGAAUAUGUUUUUUUUGGUGAAAAACAAAUUUAGAAUAUAAGUUAACUAUUGAAUACUUAAGUUUAUUCAACUUGAAAUAAACAUGUUAUAUUUGUAAAUUGAACUUGUAACUUUUUUUUUUUUAACCUAUCAGUCUUUAUCAAUAGUCUAAAAUUUGUCGAAUUACAUUUCUGAAUUAGCUUCAUUCAUUGUUUAUUCAUCCAAAUGACCAUUAGUAGUUACUAGAACAAAUGCUAGACCGUGGGUACUCACACUAGUGACACUACUCAAUGUCAUCCAUUUUUAACACUUUAUAAUCUUAGAGAAGAAAUGUAGAUAAACUACACCUUUUUGAAAAUAAAAAAAAAAAAAAUUCCCCCAUAUUUGCAAGUGAAAAGAUAACAACCUGCAUAAUAGAAGGAAACGUGGGCCGGUAUGCUGUUUCUCAACUCACUCUUCUUUCUUUUCCAUUUUUUUUUUCAAAUUCAAAAAAAAAUUAAAAAUUGAAUUUGUUAUUCUAAAAGAGAAUAUAAAAUGAGAAGUUGUUGAGGGUAUUAUUGGGCAAGUCAAAAUAGAAUUCCUAAACUCAUAUUUAAACAGUUAAUUUCUGUAACACAUUAAUUCAAAUUCAGAAGAAGAAGAGAGAGAAUUGGAAUCAGAAAAAUAACACAGCAGAAGAAAGAGAAAGAGAGAAAGAUUAAUACAAAAUGGAAGGAGCAGGAGGAAUGCAGCAUUCUGAGUGUGAAGUAAACUUAGAUGAUUUACAACAACAACAAAACGGUGAGUCUCAAUCACAACAACAGUAUCAAGAAUCUCAAAACGACGAUUUCUUGGAUCAGAUGCUGUCAACUAUUCCUAACUGUUCUUGGCCUCCAACCCCACAUCAUGACCUUCCUUCUCCCUCUUCUAAUAAUCAUAAUCCCAACAAUUCUAAUUCCAAUCUUUCUCUUAAACCCGGGGAUUCGCAUUCUCCCCCGGAUGAUCAUCAUCGAUACCCUUUCGACGAGGCGUCUUUGGUAUCGAAACUCAGGCAGCAACAACAUCAGCAGCAGAUGACAGCCAAAUCAUUGCUUCUGCAGCAUCAGCAGCAGUUUCUGUUGUCUCGUAGGUCGCCUGCUGAUGCUGCUCCACCUGGGAUGUUGCCUAUGCCUUUGACCCUUGGUAAUACUGAUUCUGUUGAUCCUUCUUCAUUCAAAUCUCAGGUUGGAGCAGAAGCAUCAGUUCAAGGAUUGUACAAUGGUUUUGUUGGAUCUCUUCAUGUUAAUGCGCAGCCUCCGCCUCCCAAUCAGCAGCAUUUUCACCCUCCUCCACCUCCUCCUCCUCAGGGUGGAAAUAUGAGCGGCGGACAGAACUUUGGAGGACAGGGAGGAGGAAUGAAUCAAGCACCGCCAGCGAGCGCAUCGACAGGAGGGAGUAGUGGUGCUGGCGCUCCUCAAAGGCAGAGGGUUAGGGCUCGCAGAGGCCAGGCCACCGACCCGCAUAGCAUUGCUGAAAGACUUCGGAGAGAGAGAAUUGCAGAGAGAAUGAAAGGUUUACAAGAACUGGUUCCGAAUGCAAACAAGACUGACAAGGCCUCUAUGCUUGAUGAGAUCAUCGACUAUGUCAAGUUUCUCCAGCUCCAAGUCAAGGUACUAAGCAUGAGCAGAUUAGGCGGUGCAGCUGCUGUAGCUCCACUGGUUGCAGCCUCUGAGGGAGGAGUAGGGCGGAACAGCAACGGAAACCAGCCAACGUCAACAAACGACAGCAUGACAAUAACGGAACAUCAGGUGGCAAAGUUGAUGGAGGAAGACAUGGGUUCAGCCAUGCAGUAUCUGCAAGGGAAAGGGCUGUGUCUCAUGCCCAUCUCUUUAGCUACAGCCAUUUCCACAGCAACAUCGCUCUCCAGGACUCCUCUGCCUCCACCUCGGCCUCACAUCAACAACGGCAACCACCAUGACAUCAACAACAACGGCAACCACCACCAUGACAUAAAUCAUCAUGCCCUUAUCCCGUCAGAAGGAGACAACAACGGAAAUGGGAUGAGUAUGACUAAGGCUAACCCGACUCCAGACUCUUCCGUCAAGGAUCCAUCCAACUGAUUUCGUAAUGUAACCAACUCUUCAUCUUACCCACCUACUUACCUACCUUAUCACUACUUUUGUUUCAUCGUUAGUACUUUAAUUAUGUUAGACGGCAGGAAAGAAAGGAAUAGUAAAUUAUAGCUUGAGAUUUGAGAAUCACCAAGGAAUGAAGUUGAAAAUCAACAACAAAAAUGGGAUUUUUUUUUUUUUUUUUUUUCUUUUGAUUCUGUCUACGUCGUAUAUGCGUAGACUUUUGCUCAAAGAUAAUCCUAACAUCUGCACCAUCCGACAAAGCCCAAGAUUCCCUACGAAACUUCCCUUUUAAUAAUUAAAACCUUAUCUUUCCUUUUCUCUUUAAUUGUUCAAUAACAAUGCUAAACAAUACCAGUACCACCAUUUCUUCUACUAGUAUUGUAAUGGUUUUUUUAUGCUAUAGUUUUUAUUUAUGUAUACUUGGACUGUUGAGUCUUCAGGAUGAAGCUCUUUGUCUUAUUGUAAAUAUUACACUUAAUCUUUCUCUAAACACGAAUCUCGGUACUUAACCGGCCUCUAUUGCAAUUUUUUGCGAAGGAGACAUGAGUUUUUAAAACAUGUUGCAUUGUUACAGUUUCAAUUUGUUAAUCAUGUAAUCAUUCAUGAUGAAUGUAUAAUUAAGUAAAUUUACAGGUUGA